GUCAUACGAAAGUCUACCAGUCCUUGGGCAAGUCCGGUGAUUUUAGUGAAGAAACCGAACGGAACAUAUCGACCGUGUGUAGAUUACCGAAAACUGAACGCCUGUACUACAGUUAAUGCCUACCCACUACCUAGGAUCGACGACUUGCUAGACAUAGUAGGUAAUGCUAAAUUUAUUACUACACUAGAUUUAUCUAAGGGUUACUGGCAGAUCCCUAUGGAAGAAGGAUCGAAACAAUAUACUGCCUUCACAACGCCUUACGGACUAUAUGAAUUCGAGAUGAUGCCUUUUGGACUGCACAAUGCUCCAGCGACUUUCCAGUCACUGGUUAAUAGUCUAUUUGCA